UGAAUAAAGCAUAAGGUGGGAGCUAAUUUCUUCGUCAAUGCAGGUUAUCUGAGCAUAUAAACAAGUAUUUUAUCAGCUCCCAGCCCCAAAACACUAAAGGGGGCAAUGGGAAUGGGAAUGAGGUGCGAGGCGCCUCGUAAAAUCGUAAUAUAGAUGUGUUGUAAUUGAUCAUGGCUACAAUGCAGCAGUGGGACUUGAUUCUAUGACUAGGGAGCAGGGAGAAAAACAACAUUAAUUUGAGUUGCUUCGUGAGGCCAAAAGGAGUGCUUGAAAAAAAACCCAUAGAUCUUAUACCUGCUGCUGAUACAGGCCAACUGAGGUGGUUGAAUGGUUUUUUAUCGGGGAGUUGUCAAAAAUUGAGAGGUGCAAGCCUUUGUUUAUUUUCCUGCCUCAGAAAGUGUAAGGAUAAACAUACAUCAGAAUGAAGGACAUACUAGUACAUGAGGUGGAUGAGGGACAGUCUUGUUUAGCCUGUGGGGAGAGAUGUUCUGGGUUUACUCAGCACAAAUGGAGAAACACUUGCAAAGUAUGCAAAUGUCCAAGGGAACGUCAUGACAUUUACAACGAAAACUUUGUCAACAUCCGAGACAGAUUGGGGUGGAAGAGGAACGAUGACCCCAGCGCUCAGGUCUCAAAGGACCGCACCCUCAGGGAGGGGUACACCUGGAUUCCACCAGGGUUGUCCUCAGAACAGAUUGAGGAGUACAUGGAACAGCUUCCGAACCACAAGAUCCCACAGAUUGGCCGCCCGGGGGAGAGGUACCGGGACGUCCAGAUCAUCAGGCAGCUCCCCAAACAGGACCUGUCCCUGGAGUUCUGUAAGAUGAUUGGCUCCAGUGUGGAGAAGAAAGAGUACGACAUCUUCAGGGAACUCCGCGACAGCAUCGCCAUGGAUAUAGGAAUCGUACAGGAAGCGCCUAAUUUGUCUACCUGUGACCAGUGUAAGGGGGAUAUAGAAUCUUCAGAACUAGCUGUUUACGCCCCCAAACUUGGGGUGGAUAUGUGCUGGCACCCGGCGUGCUUCGUGUGCUCUCAGUGCGAGGAACUUCUUGUAGAUCUGGUGUACUGCUGCCACACAAAGAAACUCUUCUGUGAGCGACAUUACGCCGAGCAGAUACGGCCCCGCUGUCCCGCAUGUGAUGAGCUGAUCUUUUCUGGAGAAUACACAAAAGCCAUGGAUGAGAACUAUCAUAAGGACCAUUUGGCCUGCCACAACUGCGACAAAAAACUGGUGGCCUGUCGCUACAUCGUCAAAGACGAGAACCCUCACUGCAUCCCAUGCUACCAGGAAUUGUACGCCCACAACUGUGAAGAGUGCAAGAAACCGAUCGGGCCCGAUUACAAGGACUUGUCAUACAAGGACCGCCAUUGGCAUGAAUUCUGCUUCAAGUGCUGCGAGUGCCAGAAAUCUCUGGUGGAUCAACCCUUCGCUCCAAAGAAUGACAACAUCUACUGCUCUGAUUGUCACGAUAAAAACUUCGCUGCUCGCUGCGAUGGGUGUGGUGAACCAUUCAGAGGAGGAGACGAAGAGAAAGGCAUUGAAGGGAUGAAGAAGUUUGAAUACAAGGGAAAACAAUGGCAUGAGGAGUGCUUUGUGUGCAUGGUCUGCAAGCAGCCAAUCAGAAACAAGAGUUUCAUCCCGCGUGAAAACGAGGCGGUUUGCGUACCUUGCUACGAGGAGCAGUUUGCCCAGAAGUGUAGUAAAUGUAACGGGGUAAUUAACAAAGGGGGUGUGGCCUACAAGAACCAGCCCUGGCAUCGGGAAUGUUUCACCUGCACCAAGUGUAGCAAGGAGCUGGCCAAAGAGAAGUUCACAUCCAAAGAUGAUCAGCCAUAUUGUGCCGAAUGUUACGGAGAGCUGUUCGCCAAGAAGUGCUGCCGAUGUUCCAAAGCCAUCACUGGUUUUGGAGGAACGAAGUUCAUCUCGUUUGAGGAUCGUCACUGGCACAGCGACUGUUUUGUAUGUUACAAAUGCCAAGCGUCGAUGGUCGGCAAAGGUUUCCUUAUGAACGAAGGAGACAUCUUGUGCCCAGAGUGUGGCCGCAAUUAGAUAGAGACUAGGCAAAUAGAUCUAUUUCAAAUGCUUUGACGACAGAGAUUUUAAAUUUAGAUCUUUCUUUAUUUAUAUGUAGUUAUUUUUCAAAGGUUGAAUGUUGAAUACUUUUAAAAGCUUUAUUUUUGUUUUAAAUUGAAUUUUAAAAGAAAUAUAUGUGUGUAUUUGUUAAUUUAUCAUUAUCAUAUGAAGUGAUAAUUGUCUCUUCAUGAAACUGUGAUCAUAAAAACGCAUGCAAAGAUAGAUAACUCUUGCCAUACAAUUUUGUGAUGUUGUUGUGUAGAAGUUCUCUUCCUUGUCCAAGCAAUGGAGUUUCUCUACCAAAAAAAAAUUAUCAUUUUAUUUUUUAAUAUAUUAGGUGUCUAGCACAUCAUUUUUAUUUUAUUUACAAUAAGUAAUGUUUACUUUUAAAAGCAAACUCUAGUGUUCAUUCUCCAGAACAAGAACUUGCAGCAAUAAUGACUUUUAAAAUUAUUAUAGUUAAGAAUGUACAUGUUUAUAAAUUUUGUACUAAGAAAUACUAUGUACUACAUUUACAUAUGUGUACUAUAUACAUGGCUAUUUUUUGUCAUUAUACAUACAGGACAUUAGUUCUUAGCACCAAUAUUCAUUAUAUUGCUUAGGGUGGCAAUGUUCAAGCUUCUAUUUAAAAUGCUAAACGACUUUGUCUAUGCUUGCAAUUUAAAAAAAAAAAAUUAUCUUCUCCGGGGAAUGUAACCACCUGAUGAUAUUUAACUAAACAAGUCUAUUGUAUACAUGUAUGAAAAAUGAUAGAAUUUUGUCUGAUAUAGUAGUCUCUCCAAUUUUCUCUCAACUUUUCAAAGAGAGAAGAAAAAAAAUUAUUUAAAGGUGUUCAAACCUUGUCAUACAACAAAUGCAAGUUUUUAUUUUUGUUUGUUCUCAAGCCAAAAGUUCACGCACUGCCAAAUAAUAAAAAGACUUGAUUCCUAUUUGAUCACAAUCUUUUAUGAAUCCUAAUUUUAGAAAUUUAUCCCAGGGAGGGUCCGAGGGAUAAUUUGUUUGCUAAAGGGGGAGGAGGGGGGUCAAGGUGCAAGGGCUGUUUUCUGUUACUUCAGUAUGAGAAUUCAGUUAGUUCGAAUUUUCUAAGAAAUGACCUGACCCCACCCCCUUCUAGAUCCACUCCUGUAUGGUAUUCAUCGUACUAAGUCAAGUAAUUAGUCUACUGAUGAGAACUCUCACAGCAUGAAAAAUAGCCAAUAAUCUGUUUUUAAAUUACUCAAUUUCAAAUUUAUUCUUGUUGUGUUAAUGGAGUGGUUUUGUUAAUUAGUUAAUUAAUCUAAUGUCACAGUUAUGUGAUUGAUUAUUUUACAUAUGGAUUGUUGAACUGAAGUAUUUUUCUUGAAAAUAUACAGAGCCAUCAAGUGAAGCACAUACAUGAACAAAAAUAACAAAGUGAACAAAUUUUUAAUAGCAUAUUUUUGCUUUUGUUUUCUUUUUUAAAGAAAUGUUCACCUUUUAAAAUUGACAAUCCCCUGUUAAUGUUUCUUCCUUAUAUUGCAAAAUAUUUGGUAAUGCCUUCCAUGCCAAUUAGUGCCCCUCUACCUGGGUCUGCAUUAUAAACUACAUACUGCAGUUAACUUAUAUACAGCACAAUUGAUGUUCCUUAAUUAGGUAUUGGCAGAUAUUGAUCUAGUUAUAUAAGUAUUUUCACUGAAGGUGAAUGUUCAAAUGAUAUGUAAUGAAGCUUUUUUGGAAAUAAAAAAUGAAACUGUA